AUGUCAGGCGUAGACAUCUCCGCCACGGCUAUUAGCGCAUUCCUAAAGGCGCUGCCGCAGUCGACCCUCGACUCGGCCCCGCAAACCCAUCUCCCCAGCGCACUCCCUCUGGCCUUCCCGACCGACCUUCACCAGCUCAACCUUCUCUCCAUCCUCCACCUCGUUAACGCGGCCUUUUCCCAGCCCACCCACCGUGCUUACUUUGCGGAGGAGGGGGGUACUCCGGCUGACACAGCGGUCCGUGGCGUCCUGGGCAUGUACCUUGCUUCCGAUACCGACUGGGGUACGAGCAACCUGCUGUCGGCCAAGUGCUGGGCGAGCGGUGAGCUGAACCAAACAAAGGUCGCCGAGUUCUUUAGCAUCGCGAUCUUCAAGGAACGCGAGCACGAGUCGAUGCCUGGUGUGCGCGUGGGGGAGCGGUGGGCACCGGCAAUCGCGGUGGCCGAUGAUCUCGUCCACCUCCUCCAGGCCCUUGGGAAGAAUAUCAAGAGGCAGUGCCUCGGCGACGAGGUGCUGGCAGCGCUCGGUGCAGCUAAGGCGGAUGCUGCUGGACAGUCUGACGAGGGGCUCGCAUUCGCAAAAGAGUUCUGCAGCAACGCUGUCGCACUAAUUCCCAUCCUCGCCGAUCCGUAUCCGGUCCCCCUAGGCACAGUCCUCCCUGCAGCGCCACUGUGUCUCCUCCAGGACCUCGCCCACCAGUUUGGUCCCUCGAACCCAACAGUGCCCUUGCUGGCAACCUCGGCACUGGUGAAUGUCUCACCGUUGCCUCUCCCCGUCGAGCUGUUGCUUCACCUCGGAAUCCUCGAACCCGAGGCAUCCCUGGAAGGCGGCGAGGAGCUGCGGCAUGCUACAGGCGACUGGUGGGCUGGGAAACAAGUGGAUGUGUUUUCUCUUCCUCCCAACGACGAUACUCAUAAGGCGCCCAAGAUGAUCAAGAUCCCGCGCGCGACGCUCGACGCACUUUCCCAGAAGAGCGUUGACGCGUGCCGCGAGAUCGUGGUGCACGCCCGAUCUACUCAAGGAGACGAGUGGAAGAGCCACCUCUCGAUGCUUGACGUGUCGCGGGUAUUCGCCAGCCUGAGUGGUAUCCUGGACGCACACGGAAUGGGGUUGCGGCUUGUCGUCUGA